AUGAGUCCUACACAAUUCCAUGCAAAGAAGGACGUCACCAACAAUGUCUUGUGCCCACCUCCCUUGAAGGUCAAUAAGGACUCUCAUUUCAUCAAGAAAUCAUCGGGGUCGGUGUCCUCAUCCUCGUCGACCUCCUCCCUUGUUAACAGCGUGGCGGGGACCGCCAAGCCGCAGCAGCGCCAUCCGGUCAUAAUCUACACACAUUCCCCGAAGGUCAUCCACACACACCCUAGGGACUUCAUGGCAUUGGUGCAAAAGCUCACGGGGCAAUCGCGGUCCGAGGAACAUGACACGGCUCGACAGAAAUCUGAAUCUGGUGGCAAUGCUUCAACCUCGUCCGACGAGGAAAACAAGAGUGUGAAGAUCGUGGGAAACGAUGACAAUGAGUCGUCAUCGGUUGUUACCGAUGAGAAUUGCAGCAGCCUAGGUGAUGGUCAAGUGAAUUCUUGUUUUGUGCCACCGAUUUUUGAGACACCAAAUCCAUACAUGACCAAUAUCCCAUUUUUUACACCCAAUUCGGCUGAGUUUUUGUGCUCGAAUCAGCCCUUUUAUAAUUACACAGACUCUUUGUUUUUUACCCCCAACAUGAGGAGUUCUGUUUCAUCAUCUUCCAACUUGGAAGGGAUUAGAGAGUUUCGUGAGUACUAA